GGCGUUGCACAGUAUUUGAACACUGAACCUUUGCUCUUUGCUUACUUUCAGUUGUCUUUCUACUGCUCAGAAGUUAACCGGUGACAUAUUGUUCUACGUUAUGUAUCUGUCAUAGUUAAAGGGGAUAUGUAAUCUUAAGUUUGACACUAUGGGUGUGUUCAAGUUUUCCUCGGUGGACUUAAUCUUGGUUUGUGUGGGUCUGGUGUUCUUACUGCUCGACAUAGGGCUGGAUAUGUUUGCCGUUGUGUCUUUCUACCAGGAGAAGUCCUAUGUGAGCCUCUGUAUCCUGGUGCUGCUUCUGCUGGGCUCGUCCUCUCUGGUCCAGGCCUUCAGCUUGCUGUGGUACAGUUACGAGGACUUUAAGAGGCAGACAAAGGUUGAGAACUGCCUGAGCCGGAGCCAGCUCAAACUUCUUCACAUGUUCCAGCUGGGAAUCUACUUCAGGCACGCAGGUGUCGUGGAGAUGUCUGCAUGCAGCAUCUACUCUAAGAUCAAUGACCACGAGGGUUUGGCAGUGUACCUGAGCCACGACCUGAGCAUGCUGCGGCUCAUAGAGACGUUUUCUGAGAGCGCCCCUCAGCUCGUCCUCAUGCUCACUCUCAUUCUGCAGCGCGGCCAGCUCGAUCAUGUGACAGUGUUGAAGGCCUUAGGUUCAGCCUCAGCCAUUGCCUUCAGUGUGACCAUGUAUCACCGCUCCCUGCGCUCCUUUCUGCCCGACAAGGCGAAGCAGCAGAUGAUCUCAUCGAUGGUGUACUUCCUCUGGAACCUGUUCCUCAUCUCGUCGCGCCUCACCGCCCUCGCCCUCUUCGCUUCCGUUCUGCCCUGUUUCAUCUUCACCCACUUCUUUUGCUCUUGGCUAGUUUUAUUCUUCUUCGUCUGGCGAUCCAAGACGGACUUCAUGGACAGUUCUGGUGGAGAAUGGCUUUACCGAGCCACCGUGGGCCUCAUUUGGUAUUUCGACUGGUUGAAUGUGGUGACGGGGAAGACGAGGUACAGGACUCUGCUCUAUCACGGCUACAUGUUGGCUGACAUUUCCCUGCUCUGCAGUUUGUGGUGCUGGAUGAUAAUCACAGAACCGCCUUUUUUUGAAAUUCCACUCUUGUAUGCUGUGAUCGCUGCUGUGAUCGUUGUUGCAGUUUACAUCCUUGGUCUCUUAUUUAAAAUGAUAUAUUAUAAGUGCUACCAUCCCAACCUUGCUAAAGAGGAGUUGAAAGGAGACGCCACUGAAAGGUCUCAAGUGGUUGGACAGGGACCUACUAGGAUGAAAACAUUUCCUGGAGAUGAGGUAGACUUUAGCAUUUCCUCAUUCAGGGACGAGGACGUAGACGAUUCAUACGUCAGCAUCCCUCAGUCUAUGAACCAGAUCGACGACUCAGACGGAGGCCUUACAGAUCGCAGCGGGCCCAGCCCAGCGGCACUCAGCAUCAAACGCUGCAAUAAAAGAAUGAGGGGGUUGGCCGAGAACUUCUACUCCUGACCUGCAUCCUCUUAAUUCCACCAGACACGGAGUUCAGACUGAGUCGUGCAGGACAGAAGGACUGUGACCUGCUCCCAGGUUGUUCCAGAUUCACCCUCAUGGGUUUCAUUUAAGUUUCAAGUCCCGACUGCUGUAUUCUCAUGAACACUUUCUCCACUGUAGCUAACUAGCUGGUUCUGCUGUGUGUCAAAGCACUGAAAGCUUUCCAUUAUUAUUAUUAUUAUCUCCACCAAGGAGGUUAUGUUUUUGGUUUAGUUUGUUCUGUCAGAAGGAUCACGGAGAAACUACUGGCCCAAUUUUCAUGAAACUUGGUGGAAGGGUGAAGCGUGGGCCGAGGAAGAACCCAUUACAUACACGCAGUAUUUUUCUCCCACUGCUCUUCUACUUUCAUUUGUUUUCAUUUUAAAAGGAUAAGUUCGAAAUGUUUCCAAGUCUGUGAGAUGUUCAUGAAAAUAGUUUUUGGUCGAUGUAAUUGUUCCUCUUCGUCUUACUUCCUGCGUCUGUCGGCAGGAUUACGGAGCGAUUACAUGAAACUUGGGGGAAGUGUGUAGCUCUGAAUCACGGGGAAGUUACACAAAUGAAAUGUCACUUUUCGCUAACAUUGCAGGAUAGGGCAUGGCCUUGGUGGAGGUUUGCGCUCCACGAGUGCCCUUCUAGCUGUUACUAUUCCAAUGGAAGAUACGAGGGACAGAACUCGGUCUUCUUUCUGAGCAAAAGUACAUUCCAAUAUUUAAGGGAUUGAAAGUAUUGGGGUGUGGAGGAUUUAUUAAAAUCUUGAAUGAACCUGUGGCUUGAAAAAUAAAACUACAAAACCCUCCUUGAUCAAAUCUCUAAAUAAUACAGCAGUAUUGCCUCUUUAAGUCCACUAUUGGUUUCUGAAGCACUAGAUAUGUUUAUGUAAAUAUUAUGUAAUUGUAUUUUUUUAAUAAAUAAUGAACUGAAACUUGA